AUGGUUGGUGGAAUUCCAAGGCCUGUGAGGGCACGUGAAGCGAAACCGGAGAUGUUUGAGGAUCGUCCUGCAAAGCCUGGUAGAAAGAUAGAGUUCCGUUGGGUGGAGACAAAGGAUCCUGACUUUGAAGUGGCAAAUAAAUUGAAGCAGCUUGCCAAGGAUCAUGCUCUUGAAGUUGACAUUGCGCUCAAUCAACAGUUGGAGGAUGAAGAGAAGCUUGCAGAGAGGAAGCAAGGAGCCCUCAAGGCGAAUCAUGAGAAGUAUGAAACGAUAAAUGGCGUGAUAACAGAUGGAAUUGCUAAGCGUUUGGCACAGCAUUAUCGCAUUCCAGUUGCAGAUGAAUGGUAG